CAUACGGGAACCUGGUGUAAACAAAUGAGUCAAAGACGUUGUGCGGUGGUUUUCUUUCUUGUUGCUAUUUACUGCGUUUGUGCUCUGCAUGAGCAUGAAAACCCUCGCUGGCCUCAGCAUGAUGGGAAACGUCGCGUGCUUUCUUUGAAUGCGGACACAUUUCACGCCGCCGUCAAGAAACAUCCACUGCUGGUUGUUCUGUUUUACGUACCGCCAGGACAUGUCUUAGAUCCGGUGAAAGAUAAAGAAACUUCAAAAAACAACUGGGAACAACUGGAAAUGACUUUAGAGAUGACGUCUCAGUUGUUGCAGAAGGAAAAUGUUCGUACUGCUACAAUCAAUAUGAUUGAGAGUUAUGCUCUAGUCAAGGCUCUUCAAAUUCCAUCACCAGGCACUAUUCUUAUUUAUAGUAAAGACAGACCAUCUCCUCACUUCUAUCUUGGACAACGAGCAAUGGAGGUAUUGGCUCCAUAUAUUUUAAAGAUGCUGCAACCAGCUGUUACUGAAAUUAUUGGAAAGACUCAGAAAAAGCAAUAUGACCAGUUAGAUACAGCAAAAGUUGUGGGAUACUUUGAAACAAGCAAUGACAAAGGGUACAGUAACUUUGCAAAGGCAGCUGAGACGUUCCAGCCUCUGAUUCCCUUCUUUGUUACAUUUGACAAGAAGCUUGCAAAGAGUUUGAGAGUGAAGAAAGCAAACUUUGUAAUAUUUGACAAACCAUAUGAGAAAUAUCUUACGUUGACUGAGCCUUCUUCUACUGAAGAGAUUAUUGAUUUUGUGCGUGGAAAUGUCAGACAGAGUUUAACAAAAGUACAACUUGAAAAUAUUCAUGGGACGUGGGUUCAUGGUGAGGAGGAGAAAAUGCUUGUGGCAUUUGUUCGUCCACAGACACCAGAUGGUGCUGCCUUCUUUUCUGUUGUCAAGAGCCUUGCAAGGAAUUAUGCUGAUGAAAACAGAACACACUUUAUCUGGGUAGAUCCUGAUCCAUUGCCAAAUCUACAUGAAACUUGGAAGACUUUAUACCACAUUGAUAUGACACAGUCAAACGCUUUCUUUGGUGUUGUGGAUGGCAUUAAAGGUGAACAUGCUUGGUAUGAUGUCAUGGAAGAAGGAGCUGACUUGAAGAAGAUGCGUCUAUGGGUACAACGUUUGUUGUCAGGCAAGAUAAAAUUGAAACCUGUCAGAACAUCAGCAAUAGUUUCUUCAAAAUUUCAAAGUGAAUCUGAUACUAGUCACAGAAGUGAUGAGCUGUAGUGCUCAGUUAGCAUCUACUUUAUUGCUGAUUUUUCAGAAAUGGACAGUAGAUGCAGUUUCUGUUAUGUCUGCUUAAUUAUUGAAAGCAAACAAGAUACAAUUUGCAUCUGGCUAAAC